AUGAAUGCCACAGUGUCAGCUCCGGUUGAUGACAUUAUUCUAGAACUUGGAGAAUGUGAAAAGCUAAUUGCAGUUGCUGUAUAUGUUGUCAUCGCUGUACUCGGUAUAUCCGGUAACAGCCUCGUCUUGAUCGCAGUUGCAUGCUCAUUGAGACUAAGAACGAUCACAAACAUCUUCGUCGUCGCGUUGGCCAUCACCGACCUUCUCACGGCAAUCCUCCAAAUCCACCAUGUCAUCUUUCUUUUGUUGGCGUCGAAAUCGAGACACGAUUUAUGCUUGAUAAUAGGGCCAGUCAAUUUCAAUUUGAUAGGAUACAGUAUGGCGACUUUGGCCCUCCUAGCCGUAAAUCGCAUGCAGGUUGUCACCAAUAAGCCCUCGUCCCGUUUCAAGCAAACGGCAAAGAAGGCCAUAGCCAGUAUUCUAGUAUCGUUUUUUCUCUUGACCUUGUGUAGCUCAUUGGGAAUCGCCUUUGGACAGAUCAAAUUCCAAAGAAUAGGGGGGAUCUGCGAUUAUGUUGGACCGAUAGCUGUAGAUAUCAGCAUCAGUCUUGGAGUUUAUAUAGUAUUCAUCUUGACGGUUAUUGUAUUCUGCUAUACCAAAACGUAUAGACACGUUAGGCAACAUUUCCGCAAGGUCGCUCAUGAUGGACUUUCCACAGAGCAUGAGAACACACCAUCUAAAGAACCUCUAAAAGAGAAAGCAUUCGGAGGACAGCGGUUUGUGAUGGAUCUGGAAACAAGGGACAUAACUUGUCAUCCAGAAAAUGAUGAUGUACAGAGGUUUUCACAGGUUACAGUCAGUAGUAAAACACAUGAUCAUGAUCGCAGAAAUAUCUCGUCUUCAUCACAGAAAAUGUUGGCCACACCCGGAAACUCAUCCCAGAUUCCAGAAGUAUAUAACCACAGCCGGCCGAACAGCCCUAAGAAAUUAGCUUCACCGUCGAUGGCCGAGCCCUUACCAAGAACAUGUAUGGACCAAAUCCCAUCGGGUCAGCAGGGUUCCGACAUUGCUGGCAAUGAGAAUGAUCAUGAGGUUGGCAACCAAAAUGUUUUCAGCAUCGAUGUAGUAUCAACCGUCAUGGCCGUUGCCUCGCGGUCGAACCGCAUUGACCGACACGAGCGAAUAUCCGCAGAAUUUACGAACCGAAACAAGAUUGCUCGGAUCCGUCAGAACAAUCGUAUCAAAGCUGAGUAUAAGAUCACCCUCAACAUGAUACUGAUCGUCUUUACAUUCUUUGCUUGUAUGACUCCAAGUAUGAUCGUCUUGUUUCUUUCAGGCGAUCAAGACUUCGGUUGGAUCAGUUUUCUGAUGCUGAUCUCGAAUUGUUGCUGGAACCCAAUAAUUUACGCUUGGAAGCAUCCGGACUUCAAGCACACGUUCGGCUGCAUCCUUCGCGGAAAAUUCUGUAGGAUCAAAGAACCGGUACCUUGGCUGAGACGUCGGCUACGUGCGAACUGA